CGUCGUUGCUGCUCCCCACCACCGGUUUUUCUAUAUACUGUCUAUUCCGCUAAUAUUCCUACCCGAAAGGGCACAGAAAGCGACUAUAGCGACACUCCUUGCGGUAUCUGCCUAGUUGAAUGAAUGUCUGACUAUAGGUCUGACAUCACUCGCGGGGACCGAUAUCGCUCUGAUCUCUUGACUACUACUGGAUUGGAGGGGAACACGGCAGAGUCAUGGCCUUGGAUUGAAGGCAGGGCAAUGGCGGCUACUUCUGGGAUAGGAAACACUCCUGCUCCGGACGCCAGUGGGAAUAAUGAGCAUGUUUCAAUCAUCCAGAAGAUGGUUUCCGCCACCUGUGGCAGCGUUUUAACAAACUUACUAGUGACCCCUCUUGAUGUCGUUCGAGUCCGCCUACAAUCCCAAUCUGCGAUUAAGAAUACGUCCCCUUUUACCCACCAUACGGCGCAAACGUUGAAGAACAUGCCCCCGAAUUUAGGAGUGACUGCCUGUUGCCGUGAAGUUUUUUGGAUUGGCCAAAAUUCUCAAGUGUGUAUGGUUGGGCCCGGCGCAGGAGCGAUUGGAGCUCAUUCGCCUGCUAUCGCGGAUUGUGCCGUGGAGGAAGUCCAGCGAAAAACGUUUACGUCCACGCUCGAUGGCCUACGGAAAAUUGCUCGAAAUGAAGGCGUGUGGACUCUUUGGCGUGGGCUUAGUCCGACUAUGAUGAUGAGUAUACCGGCAAACAUCAUCUACUUUGCGGGAUACGAUUGGCUGCGAACCGAUGAGAGAAGCCCAAUAAAGAAACUUUUGCCAGAUGCCUACGUUGCAUUUAUAUCAGGUUCUGUUGCAAGAGUUGCUGCAGCAUCGGCCAUUAGCCCGAUCGAGAUGUUCCGAACGCGUUUGCAGGCUACCCCGGGCACCGGCGCAGGGCAUUUCAAGGCCACUCUCGAGGGAUUACACCAUAUGACUAAAACUCAGGGCUAUAGUUCGCUCUGGCGAGGAUUAACGCUCACCAUGUGGCGCGAUGUACCUUUCUCCGGUCUGUACUGGUGGGGAUAUGAGGAAGUCAAAGGGCACCUCAUCGAGGCACGUCACAAAGCCCAUGACCGCCUGUUGCCGACUGAGUCAUCGUCUGUGGGACACCAACUUGAGGACGACAUGCAUACGCCAACGUUCCUUGAAAGCUUCAUUGCGGGUGCUGCGUCAGGCUCGGUAGCAGCAUUUGUCACAACUCCUUUUGAUGUGGGAAAAACACGCCAGCAAGUUUUUCGGCACAUGGGGGAAGAGAAGAGCAGCGUACCGCGGGGGUCUCUUCUUCCCGAACAGCUUUCCUUGCCUAGGUUCCUCAUGCAUAUCUUCCACGAGGAGGGUACGGCUGGACUCUUUCGAGGCUGGGUAGCACGGUGCUUGAAAGUAGCACCUGCUUGCGCCAUCAUGAUUUCCACAUAUGAAGUUGGUAAGAAGAUGGCAAAGGGCGUCAACGAAAGACGUCAUCCUGCGGAGGAACACUCGGACUCUGUCUGAGAAGUUCCUCAGCCAGUCUGACUUGCUGCUGGGAUCCAAACACACCGUAACCGCUCGCGAUACCUUGCGUUUUUAUUCGAGUUCUCCAGCAUGCCCUGCAUGUCCACGCGUAGGGCCUAGAAUACCCUCGGCAACAUUUGUUAUUGUUUAGUUUUGUAGCAGAAUUCCUGCUCUUUGUUAUUGUUUUUCUUCUGACGAUACCGCAUGAGUUAAGUUAUAGAGCAUUUAUUUGUAUUUUAUUGGGGUCGGGAAUGGCGAUUCUGGCUACUACACUCCAAAAGCGUUGCAUUCUGGUUAUCGUGUACAUACUUACAUCUGGCAAUAGAGCUAACAAACCCCCCUCUUGAGUGUAUUAUAGUGAUUAAACGAUCAUCAAAAUCUCCGUUGCUAUUAUGAUCUUUUCGGUUUCAUAAGACUCAAGGGGUCAGCUUUGCAAACGUUAGGAUAAAACCA